AUGUGCACCCAGUACUACUCCAGCUUCACCCAGUGCCCCUGCCAACUAAAACGCCUCUUCUGGCGCUGCAAGCACGGCCGCGCCUCGCCCAAAUGCAAGUCCGUCCAGAAAGUCGUGCUCAAGUCCGGCGAGCCGCUCUGCUGGUACCACGAGAUCGUACACCAGUGCCGACGGGACCGCAGCAAGCGGCUCUGGCGCCGCAACACCCGCAACCUAUGGUGCUCGUACGAGCCGCGCCCGCUGUGCCGCCAGUCCGUCUCCUCCGCCGCGGCCGCCGACGAGUCUCUCUUUCCGCCCCCGGACGACCCCUACGAUUCUUCCUGCUGGGAGAGCGAGCCGGACCCGGACCCGGAAGACGAGGAGGAGUCGGAGUGCGAGUGCGAGUUGGAUAGCAGCUCUGGCUGCGAGUACUCGGGUGAGGAAUCGAUCAGCGAGAUGGACUAG